AUGGUUCUGAUAAGUACGAGUGAAGAAUGGCAGCAGCAAUCUGCACUUCUGCUUCAGGCCAGGCCUACCUCGACUCGGAUUACGACAAAGUACAACAUUCCUAACCUUGAGUCUCCGCGAUAUCAAACAUCAGACAAGCGAAAACACGAAGGUGGUGGCGAUGAGAAAGACGCCGCAGCGACUGCCAAAGUCCCUCGUGCUUUCCUUACGCUGAAAACCUACGACCCUGAGUCGGGAGUGGUGCUCAAGUUCAAGACAGACCGCGCAGCAGAGGUCGGACGUCUCAUCGGUGGACUAGGUCGGUUGGGUAGGCAUAUGGCCGCACUUCCACCUCAAGCAGACGGUGAGCUUUGCACCCAUGAUGAGAGUAUGAUGAUCUACCUCGCUGACCAAUGCGAAGAUCACGACGUGGCAACGGAGGCUCAGGGAGAAGCCUCUGUCGAUGUAACCCAAGCUGUCAAAGAAUCAAUAGCUUCACAGCCCUUGGAUACGAAACCGCAGCAAAACACCAACCCUGGGGGAGGCGGUGGUGGCAAAAAGAAGAAGGCGAGACACUCCCAUUUUUCGUUAUGGAGUAUGCCUCUGACAGCCUCAUAG